AUGUGGAGGUACAUCUAUGGAAGAAUAUCCAGAAGAUUUGUAUCCACUUCUUGUGCCAGUGCCAGUGCCCAUGGCUGGUGGGACCAUGUGAGAACAGCCCCAAAGGACCCCAUUGUCAGUGUCAACGAGGCCUUUCUAGCUGACCCUUUUCCCCACAAGAUCAAUCUUGGAAUGGGAACUUACAGGGGUGAUGAUGGAAAACCUUUCAUUCCUCAAUGCGUUCGUGAUGCAGAAAUGAAGAUUCAGAGAUGCAAAUUGGAGGAGUUAAACUCGUCCGCAGUCAGAUCAAAAUUUGUUCAGGAGUGUGUAAAAUUGGCAUAUGGGAAUGAUUCAUAUGUUGUAAGAGAAGGAUUGUUUGCAGGAGUUCCAACUCUGUCUGGAACUGCGGCAUGUAGACUUUUUGCUGACUUUCAAAGACAUUUCUAUCCUGACGCUCAAAUGUAUCUACCAGACCCUACCUGGUCAAAUCACCACAAUAUAUGGAGACAAGCUGAAAUUCCAGUCAAAACCUUUCACUACUACCAUCCAGAUACGAGGGGUUUAGAUUUUGCCGCACUCCUACAAGAUGUCAAGAAUGCACCAGAUUCUUCUUUCUUCUUACUUCAUCCUUGUGCCCACAAUCCAACUGGUGUUGACCCUACUGAGGAACAAUGGAGAGAAAUAUCAUACCAAUUUAAGGUAAAAAAUCAUUUCCCCUUUUUUGACAUGGCUUAUCAAGGAUUUUCUAGUGGGGAUCUUGACAAGGAUGCCAUAGCACUUCGAAUUUUCGUUGAAGAUGGGCACUUGAUAGGUUGUUCACAAUCAUUUUCAAAGAACAUGGGAUUAUCUGAGCAUAAAGUUGGUUGUCUUAGUAUUUUGUGCCAGAGUAUAAAGCAAGUAGCUGCACUUAAAAGUCAACUGCAGUUGAUGUCCCAUGCGAUGUACAGCAGCAUUCCUUUUCAUGGUGUCUCUCUAGUUGCUAACAUAUUAAGCGACUCUGAUGUAGAAGCACUUUGGAGGAAAGAAAUAAAGGUCAUGGCUAAUCGGAUUGAAACUAUGCGAACUACCCUUCGACAUUGUCUUCAGAACUUGGAUUCAUCUCUCAAUUGGGAGCAUAUAACUUCUCAGGUUGGCAUGUUCUGUUUUUCUGGAUUAACCCCUGAUCAGGUUAAACAGCUGGAGAAGCUGUUCCAUAUAUACAUGACCCCUGAUGGAAGAAUAAGCAUGGCAGGUGUGACCACAAGCAAUGUGGCUUAUUUGGCAAAUGCAAUACACCAGGUGACCAGAAUCGAUGAAGAAGCACUAAGAUCAUGUUACGUAAUGGUUUGUAUAAGAAUCCAUGACCGUGACACAAAGGAAAUGUUAAACCGAAAGGAAACCCGAAGUAAAUGUAGUGUUUCUUUACCAACACGACUCAGCAACAAGCCAUUAAGGCCAGUAGAAAAGGAAAUGAACUCUGAAAUUAUUCUAAAUAUUGAAGCUACCCGUCAGGCCAUUCAAGCCAAAUUGGUAGCAUGA